AGAUGCCUCAGCCUGAAUGAUUUUGAGCCUGCUGAGGAGGGUCUUGCUCACCCACCUGCAUCAGGACCAUGUGUGACCAGCAACAGAUUCCUUGUUGUGUGCCAGUACCUCAGUGCUGUGUCAAGGGUUCCUCUUUUGGUCCCUCACAGUUUUCCUAUGCAAACAACCCAGUGCUGAUCCAAGCUCCAUGUGAGAUGCCAGUUCUGGAAUAUGUAGCACCAUGCCCAGUUCAAGUUUCCCAGACUCCAUGCCAGUCCGGUGCCACUGAAGUGAAGAGCCAGGGUCAGAGCCCAUCUAAGACCUCUAAGGUUAAAUGUCAGGCUCCAUGCCAAUCCAAGGCCACCCAGGUGAAAUGCCAGUCCAAGACCACGGAAGUAAAGUGCCAAGCUCCCUGCCAGACACAGGUUUCCUGUGUUCAAUGCCAGGCUCCAUGCCAGUCUCAGGUUUCCUAUGUGCAAGUCCCACAACCUCAGACCUACUAUGUGGAAUGUGCUCCAGUGUAUUAUACAGAAACUAGUUAUGUGGAAUAUCCGGUUCCGACCUACGUGCCUGCUCCAGCCCCUCGGCCUGUCCGUACCUAUGUAGAAUAUUCCUCAGUGGGCCAGGGUCAGGGAAAUUUCUCCACUCAGGGCCAGUAUCAGGGCUCCUACAGUAGCUGCCCCUCUCAGUCACAGUCACGGGGUUCGUACAGCAACUGUGGUCCACAGUCUCAGUCCCAGGCUUCAUACAGUCGCUGUGUACCCCAGUUCCAAUCCGGGCCUUCCUAUAGCAGCUGUGGACCCCAGCGCCAGUCACAGGCUUCCUAUGGCGGCUGUGCCUCCCAAUUCCAGUCUCGAGCAUCCUACAGCAACUGCUCCUCCCAGCGUCGGUCUGGGGCUUCAUUUAGCACCUGUGCACCCCAAUGUCAGGCUCAGGGCUCCUAUGGAAGCUUCACUACACAGCAGCGUCGGUCUCAGAGCACCAGCCGAUGCCUCCCUCCUCGUCAGCUGCCUCCUCGUCAGCUGCAACCAUCUUACCGAAGCUGCUCUCCACCAAGACGUUCUGAGCCAUGUUAUAGCAGCUGCCUGCCAUCCCGAUGCUCUUCAGGCUCCUACAACUAUUGCACCCCACCCCGCCGCUCAGAGCCCAUCUAUGGCAGCUCCUAUCCUCCUCGGGGCCGCCCUUCAGGCUGUUCUCAAAGAUGUGGACCCAAGUGCAGGGUAGAGAUUUCAUCACCCUGCUGCCCCAGGCAGGUUCCCCCACAGAGGUGUCCUGUCCAGAUUCCUCCCAUCAGAGGAAGAUCCCAGAGCUGUGGCCGGCAACCCUCUUGGGGUGUCUCCUGCCCGGAUCUGAGGCCAAGUGCGGAGCCACAGCCAUUCCCAAGGUCCUGCGGGCCACAGCGUCGUAACUGGUCCCCAGAACCAUCAUGGCAGCGGUGCCCAGUUCCUGCACCACGUCCAUGUCCAGAGCCACAGCGUCGUGACCUGUCUCCAGAACCAUCCUGGCAGAGGUGCCCAGUACCUGCACCACGUCCACGUCCAGAGCCAUGCCCAAGUCCAGAACCUCGCCCAUGUCCUCCUCUGCGGCGAUUUUCAGAACCAUGUCUGUAUCCAGAACCGUGUUCAGCUCCUCAACCAGCACCGCGUCCAGCACCACGUCCAGUGCCACGCCCGCGUCCAGUUCACUGCGAGAACCCAGAACCACGCCCGCACCCACAGCCUUGUCCGUAUCCAGAGCCCAUGCCGCAUCCUGCACGCUGCUCCAGCCCAGAGCCUUGUGGGGAGCCCAUGCGCUGUCCUAGUCCUUGCUCAGGCCCUAAUCCAGUUCCCUACCGCCAAGAACCAGGCUGUCAUGAGUCUAACCCGUGCCGCCUGGAUACUGAAGGUCCAAGCCCAUAUAGCUGUAACCAGGGGCAAGAAAGUAACGACAACUGUGGAGCUAAUGAUGUUUUUCCAGGGCCACAGGGUCCGGGUGGUUGUGGAGACCAAGGAAACACCCAUGGUGGAGUGAAAGGUGGGGCUUAUGCUGGAGCAAAGGGCGCUUACUUUUGAACAAAGCGCAGCUCAAAUGCCCCUGCCUCAGGCUUUUUGGAAUGUUUUCUCUUCUCAUCCAGCUUACAUCUCUCCACAGACAUCGAGGAGCUUCCUGCUUCAAACUCCUUGCAUGUCAUCUCGGGUUCCAUACCCGAUGUCUCAGACGUCAUUCCAGCCUUAUGUCUCACUCCUCCUCUGCACUCAGCUUUAAUUCUAACUAGACCAGCUUGGCCACCAGGGCACUCCUUGGGUGUUCCUCCUGACAUUCUGCAGAUGCUUUUCUUUGCAGAGGCUUCCUCGGCCUGAACCAUUUCUCACCUGUUUCCCAGGAUCCCAAACAGUACCUGUCUUUCAACACCUCUUCCUUGAAGCCUUUUGUUGUUGUUGCUGCUGCCUGUUCCCACCCAUAGGAGCCUAUUCUGGCUUCCUAGAGUUCGUUGCCUAUAACUCCAUCCAUUUAGCGAGCGCUUUGCUGCACUCCUGAAUUCUCUUUGCAGUUACUGCCUUUUCUGGCCAACUACACUGUGAACUUUCAUCCUCGGGGAGUCAGUAUAUCCUUAAGUCUCUGUGCCUAUCUUAGGUCAGGUAAUAGCUGAUCAAGGUUGUGGUUGGCAGCUUGAACCAUGUUCUGUCCUGUUGGAGCAAGAGGAGGAUGCGUAACAAUAAAGACUGGAUGUGUUCACAA